AUGAUUGUGCUGAUAUUAUUUCAGUUAUUCUGUAUUGUUUUUAGUCAGUACAAUUGUUCUCUUGGAUGUGGUAGUGCCUCAAAUUGUAUUGCAGAAUAUACAUGUCCUAUAUGUUUAGAAGGAUAUGAACAAGAUGGGUCGUGUCUUUAUUGUGAUAACGACAAUCUUGAUUCAACGUCAACAACUCUUAAUGUAAUGACCGUAAAUGGGUGUGAAAAACGAGCGUUAGUACAUGACGGUGAUAAUAUACCAACAAACGUAAUAGAGUUAAAAUUAGAUGAAAGUUAUACUUAUGUUUUUAAUAAAGAUAAACCAUAUAGAAAAACCCCUUGUGGUCAUGGAGGUUAUGUUCAAGGAUUUUGGGUUAAAUUUGAUUCUAAAGCAAUGGAAAAUGACACUAUUUAUUUAAAUUUUACAGUAACUGAUCUUAAUGGAGAAGAAGAUUCUUUUGAUUAUACUAUGACCAUUAAUAUUAUUUCACAACAUCUUGGAAAUAAAUUAUGUGUUGGAUAUUCUAGUUUAGGUAGUGUAUCAUAUCCUCAUUUCCAAAUGCCAAAACAAAUGUUUAUGAAUGACGAUACAAUGUAUUAUUAUUUCUUCUCUCUACCAGAAGAACUUGAUUUAAUAUUUUCAUUUUCAUUUACUGAAAACCCAACAGAACGAGUAAGAUAUUAUAUUGCAGGAGAUACUCUUGAAAUGCUUGCUGAAGUUAAACGUACAGGAACUGUUCAAUUACCAUUAGCAUCAGAAGGAUAUUUUGGAUAUCCUGUUUGUAUGCCACAUAUUUUUGGUAAAAUGAUUGAUUUAGAAUAUGAAUUUAAUAUUAGUGCUGUAAUGUUAAUGACAACCAAACGAUAUAAUAGAGUACUUUAUGUUGAAGAAUAUGAUUGGGAUGAAAAUGAAGAUAAGCAGUGUGUUCAAUUUUGGAAUUAUGUUAAUGUAAAUGGAAAUACUGGAAUUUAUCUUCUUGUUCAACCAUCACACAGAGUUAGAAAAUUUACUUUUAUUACUCAAGAACAUAAUUUGGAUAUAUUUGUAUCAUUAAGAGUUAUUUGUCCAAGUAAUUGUCAUAAUGAUAUUGGAAAUGGAUAUUGUUCAAUAUCUGAAGAAAAAUGUAUUUGUAAAGAAGGAUAUGGUGGAAGUGAUUGUCAUUUAUUAUGUUAUUAUAAUGACCAAUGGCAGCCAAGUACUAAUAAAGGAGAUAAUCAAUGUUAUUUUGGAAGUUCUUAUUGUUCUGAAAAUUGUUCAUGUAUAGAUGGAUACACAUUAGUUAAUCAUAGAUGUAUUUCUUAUAAUUGUACAUCAAGAAUUAAAGACGAAACAAUAGAUUGUUUUGAUGGUGAUUUAAAUUGUGAUAUAGAUUGUAAAUGUAAAUCUGGGUAUAAAUUAUUUAAUGAAAAAUGUAUUCUUGAAACAUGUGGAAAUGGUAUGAGAGAUGAAGGAGAAGAUUGUGAUGGAGGAGAAUAUUGUAAUGAAUAUUGUAAAUGUGAAAGUAGUAAAUAUAUUCCAUCUUCUAGUAUUCAACAAUCAUGUCAACCAAAAUUAUCAUCAGGAACAAUUGCAGGAAUAGUUUGUGGAUGUUGUGUUAUUUUAUUAAUUAUAAUUCUCAUAAUUAUUGGAUUUAUUAUUUAUAAAUUCUCACAUUCUAUUCAAUUACUUCUUAAUGAUGAUACAUGGAAAAAUCAACAACCUCCAUAUUACAUGUAUAUUAGUGGAUCAAAAAGAUAUUCACCUGAAUUAAGUAAAAAUCUUAAAUUUUCAAUUUCACCAUUAAGUCUUGAUUUUGGUCGUUCAGAAAUUCCAACAGAAAUAUUUGAAACAAGGUACCAAGAAAUACAUGUAAAGAAUUUAUCAAAAAGGAAAGAUAUGAUGAUUAUUUUUCAUACACCAAAUAAUCCUAAAUAUGUUUUUCAUUUUAAUCCUCAAGUAAAAAUUCUUGGUCCAAGAAGAAGUAAAGAUAUUGUUGUUUUUAUGACUCUUCAUUGCACCACAAAAAUAAAAAAUGUAUGUAUUCCUUAUACUGUUUGGUUUAGUAAUUCAAGAAGACAUCUUCAUAAAGUUGCUGAUUUAUUAAAAGAAAAAACAUUUAAUGAUUGGAACCAAAGUGAUCAAUUACAAAUGGAAAAAGAAUUAAAAAAUAUUCCUCUUCAUUGUCAUGGUAAUUUUGUUAUUGCUACUGAAGCUGCAUCUUCUACUCAUAUUGAUAUGGAUGAAUUAAAUAUAUCAGAAGAACCAAUUGCAGAAGGAGCUAUGGGAAGAGUAUUUAUUGGAGAAUAUCGUAGUGUUCCAGUAGCAAUUAAAAUUUUUAGAUGGGAAAAUUUAACAGAAGAAGAAAUGAAUGAUUUAAAGAAUGAAGUAAUAAAUGAAUGUGAAGUAAUGAGUAAAUUAAGAAAUCCAUUUAUAGCGAAUUAUAUAGGAUCAGUGACAUAUAUACCACAAAUAUCAAUGGUUACACAAUUUUUUGUUUUAGGAUCAUUAGGAGAAUAUUUAAGAAAAAAUAAGUCAAAUUAUUUAAGAUUACCAUAUAAAUUAAAAAUUAGAAUGUUAUUUGAUACUGCUAGAGGAAUGGAAUUUUUACAUGAAAAUAGAAUUAUGCAUUUAGAUCUUAAACCUGAUAAUCUUUUAGUUAAUUCUUUAUAUACUGAUUCAAGUUGUUGUAUUAAAAUUACUGAUUUUGGUACUUCAAGAUUUACUAAAAAAACUAAUAAAUUAACAGAUAAAGGACUUGGUACACCAAUUUAUCUUGCUCCAGAAUGUUAUCAUGAUCAUUAUACAUUUUCAGGAGAUGUUUAUUCAUUUGCAAUUACUGCAUGGGAAAUAUUUUAUCAAGAUGAACCUUAUAAAGAUUUUAAAUCUUUAUUUGAUAUUAAAAGAUUUGUUGAAAAUGGAGAAAGACUUAAAAUUGAUAAUAAAAUGCCACAACCAUUAAAAACUUUAAUUACUGAAUGUUGGGCACAUUCAUUUGAAGAUCGUCCUCAAUUUUCUGAAGUUUGUGAUAAAAUGGUAAAUGUUAUUGAAAAUGUUGGUGAACAUUUAGAGUUAGAUGAAGGAAUAGAUAUGAAUACUAUAGAACAAUUUAUCCAACAAAGAAAUGAAAAAUUUGAAUCAUUUAAAUCAAAUUUAUAA